AUGUCGGCUCCGGUUCGGGUCCUGAAAGGCCGGUUUUCGGCCCUCUGUCCGCUUCGUUUCCGCUCACUGACACACAGGAAUCAUCCGGGGAGAGUUUCGGGGAGCAGACGGAGUCUGUCACACUCACCAACAGGUACCGCUAUGGAGCUAAAGCUAGUUAGCUAAUGUUAGCCGAACCGAACUGUUGAAUGUUUGGACUGUGGAGCGUUCAGGUGCUGCUCGGAUACACUGUAAAUAGUAAAAUUAUAUGUAAUUCUCUUAAUUUAUGGUGUGUUUUAUAGAUUUAUGUCGUCCUAUUAAAACUAAGGUGUGUCUUAUUUAAAUGUUCAACACUAAUAGAGGCGGGUGUACUUGUAAAUAAACAAAAAUAAUCAUUCAUACCCGAAAAUAAGUGACGAUAGCGACAGAAAUAGAUUCAGUUCAGGUACGUAUACAAAAGUUUACAAAGUAAUUUUGAAGACAACACUUUUUGUAGUCCUCCUGAUUUUGCUAAAUUUCAGUUCGUAUCAUUUUUGUCAGUAUUUAAGUUAUCUUUACUUGAAAAUACUCGUACUGAAACUCAUUCUUCCGAUUAUUGUUACAGCACGUGAACGCAGCCGCACACUGAAAUAAUUCAGGUUAAACUAAGAUCUUUAAAAACGGACUUUUCCUGACAUUAAAACAGUUAUUUUUUAAUAGUUAAGACUGAAUUAGAUAAGUUUUUGUGUUCUGACUCCAACUGAUCCAGUUUUUCGCUGUAGUUAGUGAUUUACAGUUAAUAAUUUAUAAGAAAGAGCUUCAUGAUUGACCAGGUUUGCCCUCUGAUCACAGAAAUACAUCAUAAAACAAAAACAUAUUAAAGCUUCAUAAUCACUGUAAUCUGGAACGAACUCAGGUUUACUUUUGUAAUCUAAGUCGCUGUAACAAACUCACAUUUACUUUAUUGUUUCUUUGAGUUUAUACAAAUACAAACUGGACUGAUGAUGACUGAUGAUAGACUGAUGAUUUCUGCGUGUUCAUGAUUAAUGUACAGAACUGCUGUUGGGGUGUAGGUGUCAGUGAUGCUGAUGAACUGAAUCAUGCGUCUCCAAAAUCGGGUCAGAACUUCUUCUACUUGCAGAGUGUUGGCCCGGUUCUACAGAUCUCAGUUUAUGGAACAAUCUGAACAAAGACUUCAAAGAAUCCAAAGUCAAACAUUAAAAAGAAUAAUUAAAGCCAGUAUUUUAAUAUAAGGAAAUAUGUUCGUUAUAUCUGAUUGUCAUUGUAAUUUUGUUGUUGUUUGAGUGACAUUAACUGAACUGUAACUUGGGGACUAAAUGGUAAAUGACUGUCUGUGGUGGCCAGCAGCUCUAUUUUUAUUUAUUAUAUAUUUUUGUUGUGUUUUGUUUAUGCUGUUGUUGCUUUUUUAAAAUGAAAUUUAAUAUUAUUAUUUUAAGUUUGUUCUUAAAAUUGAUUUCUGGGGAUAAAGGGGCAGAUAAACUAAGAUUAGUCUUCUUUCCGCUCCCUUCAUUCAAGACAGGAGAACAUUUGUAUUUUAAUUAAAUUCUUUCUUUUUAUUUUUAAAUGAAAUAAAGAAUAAAUAAAUAAAUUUGCAUGUUUUUAAAAGUUCUCUGCGACUUAAACGUAAAAGUCUGGACCUUAAAUCUGUCCAAGAGCUCUGACGGUUCUCUCUCUCUCGCCAUACAAAAGUGAAAAAGGUUAACACUGGUGCUGACUGAUUCUCGGACGCGUUCAUGGGUGCUCUUAAAUUAAACGUCCAAAACGGGAAAACUCGUGUUCAAAAAAGGUAUUUAUUACAUCAAAGCCAAAUCAAAUCAUAUCACUGUUAUCCACCACGCCACGGUCAAAGAAAAUGUGCUCCUCCCCGAUCACAUCUGUCCCUGGUUUCCUCCCCACGUAUAACUGUGAGCUCCCCUCGUGUCACUUCCUGUUACAGCAGAAGUUUCCAAAAUAAACAAACAACUCAAACAUUGUAAACAUAAAACAAAUACUAAAUCUGCUCCUACACGCCUGUUUACAUCCAUGGUUUUAGCGUGUUCUGUCUCUGUUUCAUGUCCACAGGAGAGGAGCUUCGACCACUGGAGGGCGUCAGAGUCUUGGACAUGACGAGGUAGGACCAGUUUUCAGUGUCCUGGGUUUUAGACCGGUCCAGGGUCAGAGACCACAGUUCUCUCAUGUUUGUUUGGAUGUUUGCAGAGUUCUCGCCGGUCCCUUUGCCACCAUGAUCCUGGGAGAUCUGGGAGCCGAGGUCAUCAAGGUGGAGAAACCAGGUGAGUGUCUUUCUACCGAACUUUGCCUCCUUUCACAGCGCAUAGUGGAGUGGGAGCAGAGGAUUAUGGGAGCUGUUUUAUGUGAGCAGGUGCAGGAGAUGACACGAGAGCCUGGGGACCUCCGUUUGUCGGAGCAGAGAGCGUUUAUUUCCUCAGCGUCAACCGGAACAAGAAGGUCAGUGUGUGCAUCACGAUUUAGAGAAUCUCCUGUCUGAAUAUUGAAGAGUUUUCUGGAUGUUACAGGAGAUAAACAAUUAAAGGUCCUCUCAGUGACUCUGCUGUUUUACUCUCUGAUCUCAGAGCAUCGCCAUCGACCUGAAACAUCCCAGAGGAGUGAACGUCAUCCACGAGGUACGAGACAAACUUCACGAUUCAAACCGAAUAAAAUCUGCAGAAAGAGGAUUUUAAUCUGGAGAUUAUCAGGAUCUCAGGAGGAGCUCAAACUUCUGCUGCAGUCAGACGUCGUGUUUGUGUUUUUGUGUCUCCAGCUGGCAGGAGUUUGUGACGUGUUGGUGGAAAACUAUCUCCCCGGGAAACUCCGAGAGAUGGAUUUAGGAUACGAGCAGCUGAGCAGAGUCAACCCCAGACUGGUCUACUGCUCCAUCUCAGGUGUGUUUCAGACCAGGUGAAAGGAGACGGGCUCACAGAUCCAUCACACACACGACAGGAGGGUCAGCUCUGCAGUGUGUGUCACCUGCUGUUCUCCCUCUGAGCCUGUAGAUGGCGCUGUUCUCCACAGUAAAGACAAACUCUGCUCUGAAUCAAAGGUUUGAUUCUGAAUCUCUGCAGACCUGAGUGAUGAUGAAGAGUUUAGAUUGACUGACUCACGAUGACUUUGACCUGCUCAGCUGUGAGAGUCCGUCCUCUCAGAGUCAAACACUUCAAGUUCUGCAGGAUGAUCCAGGUCCAGAGUUUCCUGGUUUAUCCUCAGACUGAGUGUUUGUGAAGAUCUUAAAGGUUUGAUUCGAUCCUUUAGUCGGGUGUCAGAUUCACCGUCAUCUGCUCAGAUCCUCGGUGACUCAUCAGGUGAUAUAAACUCACAGAGUCUUCAGCUCGGAGUCGUCUCUGUCGAACUUUCCUCAGUUCUGAAGGACCCGAUAAUCCACACCUUAGACCUGGACUGAGUUAGAUAUCCUGAUCAUGUUGUCGUGAUAUUUGAUGGCCUCGAUAGUCUGAUAAAGGACGCGCUCUCCUACUUUUAAACCACAUUCCUGCUGAUUUGUUUUGAAACAGAAUUAAAGUCUGAAAUUCAGAAAAAUGAUCUAAAACCAACAAAAGACAAACAUGAGGAAACAAAGAGGUUUAGGAGAACAGCUUCAUUUCUCUACAUCUCUGACACUCUGUCCUCGUCUCCUCCGUCCUCCUCUCUCCUCUCAGAGUUCAGAGCAGCGUGACGGUCCUGUUGAUGUUUGACCGUCACGCUGACAUCGAUGUUUUUAUGGAAGUAAAAAGUUUGAAUGCUUCAGGAAACAGAUCUGUGUUUCAGUCAGACGACCUGGGUUUGAUCCCUGCUCUGUGUGUGUGUGUGUGUGUGUGUGUGUGUGUGUGUGUGUGUGUGUGUGUGUGUGUUUCUGUGUGCACAGGUUAUGGGCAGACCGGUCCUCAGGCUCAGAGUCCGGGUUACGACUCCAUCGCCUCUGCAGUCUCAGGGAUGAUGCACAUCACGGGUCCAGAGGUCAGACUUUUCUCCUGUUUUUCUUCUUUGUGGUUUUUCUGUCCAGGUCUGCCCCCCCCCACACAUUAACCUACCCUCCCAUAAUGCAUUUCUGCGGUCUACAGGACGGAGAUCCGGUGCGUCCCGGUGUCGCCAUGACGGAUCUGGCCACAGGUCUGUACGCACAUGGAGCCAUCAUGGCCGCCCUGCUGCAACGACAGAAGACGGGGAGAGGAGUUCACAUCGACUGUAACCUGCUGUCCUCUCAGGUGUGUGUGUGUGUGUGUGUGUGUGUGUGUGUGUGUGUGUGUUUAUCUUUAAAAUCUUUAAAACAGUUUAAAUAAAUCCAGAUUUGAAAACUGUUUGUGAUGAGACCAAAGAGAUCAGAGCGAGGACUCCCUGGAAAUAAAUGAAUCUAUAUAAUGAAUGUCUAUGUUGAUAAUGUUUGUACAUGAUUCUAUGUCAUAAAUAUCUACAUAGUUCUGAGUCUAGGUAGACAUUUAGAAUAAAGAUAAUGUAUCUAGUUAAUAAAUGUCUAGAUAAACAAUGUUUGUACAUAGAUAUUAUAUCUAUGUCAUUAAUGUGUUCAUAGAUCUGAGUCUAUAUAGAUAUUGAUUAUAUAGAUACUGUGUCUAUAAAAUAAAUUUCUACAUAGAUCUGAGUCCAUAGAGAUAUUUUUUAUAGAUAAUGAUUCUAUAUAAUAAAUGUCUAUACAAAGAUAGUAUAUCUAUCUCAUAAAUGUCUACAUGGAUCCGAGUCUUUAGUGACAUUUUUUACAUACAUAUUGUAUCUAUGUCGUAAAUGUCUACUCAGAUCAGAGUCUUUAUAGACAACUAUUAUAUAGAUAUUGUAUCUUUGUCAGAAACGUCUACAUAGAUCUGAGUCUAUAUAGAUGUUUAUAACAUACAUAUUGUAUCUACAUCAUAAAAGUCUUCAUAGAUAUUGUAUCUACGCCAUAAAUGUCUUCAUAGAUAUAGUAUCUUUGUCAUAAACGUCUACAUAGAUCUGGUAUUAUAGAUUCCCUGGAUCUUGACUCAUAGAUAACCGGUUUUUGGAGCGGAUCAGUAAAAAGUGAAAACCCGUCUGUCGUUGGUUUGGAGGCUGUGAGGUCUCGCUCCCUGUGGUUAACUCCCACUGCUGCUACACAUAAAAUACCCACAAUCCACCUCUCCCCCCUCUCUGUAUCCCAUGGUGCAUUCCUGUACGGAGCGCUGCGACCACAGGCACGCCGACCGCAGAGCGGUUGGACCGGAGCGGAACAAUGAGAGCACACAGCCGCGGUGGAUGUGGAUCCAUGUGGAGCAGGUUUAGGCCGGCUCUGGUUUGGUUGUCAGGGGAAAUUUAAUCAUUACAAACCAAUCAGAGAGCGCGGCGGGCUCUCUGCACGCCGCCUGCAGGUCCUGGAACAGCUGCAAACAUCAGGAGGAGCUCCACACCAAAGGCUGAGGGCUGCUGAGUCUGAACUUCAGACUGUUGUGGCGGUCGGAGGAAAUGGCUCAGUCAUGCGGAAAAACGCCGACGUUUGAAGAUGACAAACAGUCGGAGAGCGAAGCUGCUGGGAACGUUUCUGCAGAACAAGAACAGACGGUACCGACCCGUGAAGAUGGUUCUGGAUCCUGCAGACUCGUCUCAGACUGAAACGACGCUCUGACUGUUUAAGUGACGAACGUUCAAACUGAGACGCUGUAAUCACGUUCACGUACAGAAACACAUCCUCACAUGAAUCCAUACCAGCGUUACAUUAACAGGAAGGAUGUUCUGCACCUCCUCCUCCUCCUCCUCCUCCUCCUCCUCCUCCUCCACCACCUGCAGAGCAUGUGUCAGGCUCUGCAGGUGGACAGAUGUGAGGAGAUGUUCUGAUUAACGAGCCCACAUGGAGAUCCGAUGUGGUUCAACAAGAAGACAGAAUGCAGUCUGAGCGUGUGUGUGAGGACUCCAGUAUCUCAGUCCUGGUCCUGGUUUAGAUCAUGUUAGGAUGUGGACUCACAGAAACAGCUCUAGCUCUCCUUCAGGUCCUCCAGCUCUGGUUUGGACCUUUAGCAGCAGCAGCUCCUCAGAGGUGUGAAGUACCCGCAGAAGCUGCUGACAUUGUGGUUGAUUUUGUGACUUCAGAGCGGCCCUUCUGGCUCGUUGGUCCUCUCAACACUUCAUUGGACCUGAAACAGGAGCACACAGAGCUGAGGAGAAGGUUUCGGGUUUUAGACAAAGCAGAAUGAGGUGUUUCUGACGGGCUCUGCAGUAAAAACCGAGACCAGGACUCAGCGGUCGUGGAGAGUCAUUUACAGGUUUUCAGCAGACUGUAAAUUCAGAGACGGAGGAAGAAAGUUUCUCUUUUCCUGACAGGAGUGACGACAACUGAACACCAACCUCUCUCUCUCUCUGUCUCUCUGUCUCUCUGUCUCUCUCUCUCUCUCUCUCUCUCUCUCUCUCUCUUUCUGCCCCCCCACCCCACCCAGGUAUCCUGUCUCAGCCACAUCGCUGCAAACUACCUGAAUGCCGGGAAGGAGGCGCAGCGCUGGGGGACGGCUCAUGAGAGCAUCGUACCGUACCAGGUGAAAACACGGAACCGUCCUUAAAACACACAAACACUCGCCGUCAUCUCACAUCAGUCCACAAAAUAAAAUAAAAUAAAUUAAAUCACAUAAAAUAAAUAAAUAAAUAAAAUAAAAAGAAAAAAAAUUAUAUCAUAAAUAAAAUAAAUAAGUAAAGUAAAAAAAAAUAAAAUAAAAUAAAAUUAGAAAUUAAAAUAAAUAAAAUUAGAUAUAAAAUAAGAUAAAUAAAUAAAGUGAAAUAAAAAAUAUAUAUUUAAAAUAAAAUAAAUAAGUAAAGUAAUAUAAAAUAAAUAGAUAAAUAAAAUAAAAUAAAAUUAGAAAUUAAAAUAAAUAAAAUAAAAUAAAUAAAAUGAAAUAAGAAAUUAAAAUAACAUAAAUAAAUAAAUAAAUAAAUUGAAUGAUGAAUGCUGAUUUUCCAGCUCUAAAAGAAUGAAUCAGUUAACAGCAGAUUUCAGUGUUAAGAUGCUUAUUGGCUAACGUGGAUUUGAGCUUCUCGCUACACUGCCACCUACAGGUUUGAUAUUCUCUUGACGGCGUGUGUACAUGGGUUAGUGUAAACGAAAACUCAUCAGACAACGUAGAGGUGUGUAUGCAGUUUUUUUUUUUAAUGGAGAGGAUGAAAUGUCCGAUUAUGAAAAUUAACAGACAUAAAUGUAAAUAAAUUAAGUCUAAGUCUCAGUUUUACUGUUAAUAGAAAGUCAGACUGAACAGACUGACUUUAUUAUCCGUCUGUACUGAGUCUCAGUUUCAGUGUUAAUAGUCGGUUCAUCGAGGCUUCGCUCUGUUUCGUUGUCGCUCUUUGACCUUUAAUGACCUUGUGAGUUUAUCAAAGUUGUCAGUUUGCAUAAAAAGAAAAACAUCCUUCAGUUUUUAGUCUUUGUUGUUCUGAAAAGUUAAGUUUUGUCCACAAGAGGAGAUUUUUUUUAAAAUUAGUUCAAACUUGAUUAAAACAGAAGUUUGUUUGUCGUUUUUCUUCGGUCCCGAUCGUCCCUCUCUCUGCUCUGAGACUCUCUCCUCCUGUUCGGUCCGAGUGUUAACGGUGUUGAGGUGGUUUUAUGGUGGUUGUUUUAAUCCGGUCCCACAGUCCGUCCUCUAAGUUCUCAGAAACCCGAGCUGUGACUCUGAGAUCUGCUGUCGGAGGACUCUCUGGAAACGCGCUCAGCUGUCUGACAGAAAAAGUCCUGACAGCUGACGUGAGUGUUGAGGGAAAUCAAAGACAGUCAGAGAGACGAUUAUAAAACAAUUAGAGAGCAUUAGUGUCAGUCACUCUGGAUGGUUUAAUGCUGCUGUGAGCUGGAAGUCAUUUCCUCUUCUGUUGGCGCUCAUUAUCUCCUCACAUAUCACCAGAAGAAUCAACAGCGCUCUCACCAAACCUCUUUUAUUUCUCUGUUUUUGUCUCACAAAGGAAACGCUCUCCCUCUCAGCCGACAUGUUUUUAACUUCAUGAUGAAGGAGGGUAAGUGGGUUCAGGAGAGCGGAGUUCUGAUCAUGUGAUUGAUCAUUUUUUAAUGGUGACAGGCUGCAGGAUUAUCGACACGCUCAGGGUUACAUGUGAUUAAAAUGUCUUUUUGCUGCUGCAGGGUUCAUUUCUGUGAGGGUUCUGUUGGUUUGUCGAUAUUUUGUAGAAGCAGAUUCGUCUUUGUAAACACUGAAGGACGUAAACUUGAACUCUGACAGAAAAUAACUGUUUAAUUUCUGAGUUUUUCUGUCGAUUAAACUAAAAUAAAAACAUUUAAACUCAUAAAGGUGAAACCGUCCUCCUGCAGCCUUUCUAAUCUUUCCUGAUCAAACUUUAAUAACAGAUUCCUCCUGAACCCGCAGCGUCUCUUUGUCGUAAUGAAAACAGGUUAAAAGAGCGUCAGAGGAUAUUUCAGGAUGAGGAGAGAGAGGCUGACAGGAAACAGGAAACCUUUUCAAAAUAAAACGGCUGACCGAAGACGAGUUGAUUCAUGGUUCACGUCUUUUUCUCCGUCUUUGUAAAUUUGAGAUGAUGUCGUGUCAGCAGAGGCUCGUCAUGAGGAUAUCAUCCAAUCAGAUUGAUUAUUGAUGAGUCGUGUUAACAGGCUGGUGACGUCACACCUCUGCAGAACCAGAACCCGGCUCUGAGCAGAGAUCACAUAUCCUUAUGCUGAUUCUAGAAGUCUAGAAGUAGAUUUCCUCCUCUGGAAGGACACAAUCUACUAGCUGUUCUGGAUGCGGUUGAAAUCCCGGGUGAUUUGACGUAGAGCUUUAGCAGAUCAGAGUCUGAGAAGACCUUUGAAAGAUUUCUGAGGGUGAACCAGUGAAUGAAGAUCUAUCUGGAAUCAGUUUACCGGCUAAAGUGUGUCUACCUGUCCUUCAGUAGGGGGCGAUAUACGCCUCCUUCAAACUCCCGACGUUGGAGCCGUUUCCCAAAACAAUCGACAAACACGUUAGCUUGAGUGUGUGUUGUUGGUACGAUACAAAGCCUCUUACAUCCUGUUGAGGUCUUAUUCUCUACCCGGCCCACAUGCGAACUACGGAGCAUGCUCAGAAAGCCGAGGUCGAUUUUAGUCAGACUGACACGUUUUUUAUUAAAGAGGAACUCAAACUCAGACUGGGAAAUCUACGUGUGUUCGUCCACCUCAGACUCACAAACGUCUACCUUCUUAUUGUGUGUUUAGAAAAUGUGUUUGUAUUUUAUCAUUAUUAUUAUUAGUAGUAUUGUUGGUAUUAUUAGUAUUAUGUUUUUUUAUUAUUAUUUAUUACUAACUCCCCAAACAUCGUCUGACUCAGGAAAACACGGUUUAGAAAACGUCUCUGCUCUCUUGAACAACAUGAAGAUGUUACCUGUAAAGAUUUGAAGAUAUAAGUGUGGUUCACCAGACUGAGCAGAGGUCAAAGGUCAAAGGUGCAGGUGUUUUAUUUCCUCUAAAUGACCUCUGUAGUUUUCAUGAGAUCGACUUUAAACUGAAUAAAGACAUUUUUUUGUUCCGAAUCUGCUUCACAUUACUGUGAGCCUGAGGGGGCUGAGAUGUUACUGUGUUACUAUGGAGGUUCAUGACUCACACACACACACACACACACACACACACACACACACACACACACUGUCAGAUGUUUCCCUCCAUCUGCUCGGCGUGAACACAGCGGCGGCGGCUCGACUCUUGCGGUCGCCGUCUCUCACCAGUCGGAGCGUUAUUGUCCGCCGCUCAGAUCUAAUCCUCGUGUGAACCACUUUACCCACAAUGCCGCGCUCUCCCUCCCCCCCUCGGGCCCCGGAGAUGAAAGCGGGGGAGAUCAUGACAGUUGAAACAACAGAAUUAUUGGUGUUUGGCGGUCGCGGCUCGGCGAGAGAGAUAUUAGAGCAGAAGAAGAAGAAGUCAUCUGUCCUCUCUGAAGGCUUUGAAAGUUCACGUCGGAUUUCUGAGACGGUUCAAUUUAGAGCGAGGAGACAUCCAACAUGUCAGAGAGGAGACAUCCAGAGAGGAGACACAUGAGGGGCUGAGUGUAGAUCCACCUCGACAGUUAGACCCUCUGUUUUACUUCUACGUCAGCUGUAACAGGAAGAUAUCAGGAGCGUUCUGAUGUUCAGGUGAAACACCUGCGCAGGUGUCAUCACUCGGAGACUCUCCUGCUAAAUAAGAAACUAAACAUCUUUGUCAUGAAUGUAACCGUCCUCUCGGUUUGUUCCCUGAGUCAGAACUGAUUAAACUUCAUGGUCAUCGAAACGUCGGUCAUCUGUUAUAAGGCUCAGACAUGUGGCCUUACCCCCAAUUUCCACCACAUCCGGAACGGCGGCGAAAAUCACCCCUCCCCCGAUCACUCCUCUGAUCCCCCUCCUCUCUCCUCAGGACCACCACAGCCUUCCUAAAGGUCAUCCUGGGACUCACCCCGUCUUUCCACCACAUCCGAAACAGCUCUGGAUUUUCGUCAUCCGCCAAUUUCUAUCCGAUCCGUUGGUGAGGUGAAUUUCGUGGCGGUUCACGGACAGCGGUAAUCACGAGAACUCACAAGAAACCCGCGGAUUCACUAUCGCGUGAUAACGAGUUGUCUCUCUAAAGACAGACACAUAGACAUAUAAGCAGUAGAUUGUGUCCUUCCAGAGGAGGAAAUCUACUUCUAGACUUCUACAAUCAGCAUCUCCUCAUCCAUGGUGUCAUCGGGGUGAAAUGACGUCUAAAAACCUUUCACUUGUUCGUCUCCGCCCGUUUGCAUGGUGUGAAAUACGAUCCUCCUGAAACACGGAGUGGAUCCUGCGAUCCGCAGAAGAACGGAGAGGAGUCGGUGUAAAUUGACACGUUAACUUGAAUGGUUACGAUCAGCUAAGAUCAGCACAUAGGGCCUUUUCGUAGCCGUUCGGUGGAAACUGGGGGUUACCGUGGUAGAGGAGUUACUGUUCUGAAAUUAGGCGGCGUCACACAGACAGAUAUCUCGUCGGUUUAGGCGUGAACUAAAACCUGGAGCUAAAAAAAUCUGUCAUGUCUUUAUAAAAGAGGAAAACUCAUUACUAAUGUUUUUACUGUAACUCUAAAGCAGCAGGAUGAUCCUGAUGAACCAUGAUGGUCAUUUACAGAUUCUGGCGUUCCUCAGGGUUCAGUUCUCGGUCCUCUACUUUUCCAGUUUAAAUGGAUUAAACAAACUUUUAAGUUUAUUUUAAACUUUAACAUCAUGUUGGAAACAGAAAACAUUAAAUAUAAAAAACAAACUCAUUUCUACAUCGUUCAGUUUUAGAUAUCAGACUUGUUAACGUGGAGUUUUAAGUCACCGAAGUGUGACACGGUUCUCAGACUCCAGGGUCGAGUCUUUAGUUUUCUUUGACACUUUUGUUUGGGGUCGACGUGGUUUGGACUCGACCUGCAGCCAGCAGGGGGCAGAAGUCCCCCCGCUGUGACCUGACUCUGCUGCCCACCGUCUCUGAGGACUGUUUGGGGUUUUGUGGUCGAAUGUCCCAUCGUCGUCCCUCGUGGACUGCGUUACCCACAACUCCUCGAGGCUGCGGAUGAAAGGCAGAGGCGCUGAGUGCAGUGUGACUAAAGGGUUAGUGGUCUCACACACACACACACACACACACACACAGCAGUGGGAUGUGGUCUCCUCUUUGUGUGUGUGUGUGUGUGUGUGUGUGUGUGUGUGUGUGUGUGUGUGUGUGUGUGUGUGUGUGUGUGUGUUGUUAUGUGAGACAGCAGUUUUUCGCCUCCUUUCAUGUGGUGAAGAGUUUUUAUUACAGCCAAUUGUGAGAGAGGGAGGAAGAGGAGGAGAAAGUGCAGAAAGAGGAAGAAGAAAAUUAUGGAGGGAGAGGAGAAAGAUGACUCGGGGGACGGAAAAAGACAAAAGAUGGAGAGGAAAUGUUUCCCUCCAACAGCUGGUCUUUUACACCGCUCUCCUCAGGCGCUCAUGAAACUGAUUUUAAAACUCACCUGGGACUCCGAGAACAAACGCAGAUGAACCGCUUCAACCUGCUACACUCAGAGGAUCGUAGCUGAUGUGAGCAGGUUUCAUAUUUACAACAACCUCACGGAGGACUGUAACAGUUCAGAGCGUCAGGUCAAGACCUCUGAUAGGACGCAGUUUCUGUUUCAGGUUCUUCCUGCUGACAGAAACCAGACUGAAACCACUGAGAGACGAUUUACAGAGAAACUGAGACUCUCCUCAGACUGAUAGAUGGUCUCCUCUCCCUGCUGAUCAGUUUUACCACAGAUUUAAGUUUUUGUUCAGGGUUUGAGGGGUGAGAUUAGAUUCGAACUCUAACCCCGAAUUUUCACCCCGGAAGUGCCCAAAUCUGCAGUUCCUCGAAUGUCCACAGGAGGCUGGUUGCAAAAAGCACAAACAGUCACAUCCAUUCAAAAGGUGAAUAGAUAGACUUCAAAUAGAGUUGUUUUCUGACUCAGCAGUUUUGAACCAGGGAACCGAAGUCAUGCUAACUUCCGGGUUAGCAUACGGUCCUAUGGAGCCCAUCAAAAUGAAUGGACAGAUAUAUAUAACUACUGGUCCGCUUUGGUAUAGGGAACCGAAGCCCCUACACAUUUCACAUAUAAUGUUUAUCAUGUUUAAAUUUACAUUUUAACCUCGAAAAAGCCGUGAUUU